AUGGAGCAAAAUUUGCCAGCAGAAUUGGUGUCAAACAUCCUCUCAAGGUUGCCAUCAAAAGACUUAAUGACAUGCAAGCGGGUUUGCAAGUCCUGGUUCGAUCUCAUAACUGAUCCUCAUUUCGUUACCAAUCACUAUGAUGUCUACAACAAUCUUCAAAGCCAAGAAGAACAUCUCUUGGUCAUUGGUAGACCCUUUCUUUUUGGCCUUAAAACUCAUAUUUCUGUUGUUUCUUAUAACAUGAAUGAUCCCAAAAAGCAGGUUUCCUCUGCUCUUUUAUGCCUUCCUGAUGAGUACAACUCUGACCACAAAUACUGGUCUGAAAUUUCGGGUCCUUGCAAUGGCAUAUACUUCCUUGGAGGAAAUCCGAAUGUCAUGAUGAACCCUUCACUGGGACAGUUCAAGUCUUUGCCUGAAUCUCAUUUCACUGUUUCAUUUGGCACUUAUUCUCUGGCAGAAUAUUUUGGGUUUGGCUUUGACCCAAAAACUAAUAACUACAAGGUUGUUAUGGUCAAGGACCAGUGGUUGAAGGAAACAGAUGAAAGAAAACUUGGGUAUUGGACAGCUGAGUUGUAUAGUCUUAAUUCCAAUUCAUGGCGAAAACUUGAUGAUGCUCUCCCACUUCCAAUUGAAAUUUGGGGUUCUUCUCGGGUUUACACUUAUGUGAACAAUUGUUGUCAUUGGUGGGGUUAUGUUGAUGAGUCUGGUAGAACAGAAGAUGUUGUUCUAGCAUUUGAUAUGGUUAAUGAAACCUUCAGGAAGAUAAAGGUACCAAGAAUCCGUUGUUCUUCUGAAGAGGAGUUUGCAACUCUUGCACCCUUCAACGAAUCUGCUACAAUUGGUGUCAUUGUUUACCCCGUAAAGGGAACAGAGAAGCGCUUUGACGUGUGGGUGAUGAAAGAUUACUGGGACGAAGGGUCAUGGGUUAAGCAAUACAGUGUUGGACCUGUAGCAAUGACUGGGAGGCUAGUGGGGUUCAUUGGGGGAAAUCGAUUUAUUUGGAAAAACAGCAAUGAAAGAUUGGUGUUGCAUGAAUCUGAAACAUCAAAUGAAACAAAGGAUCUCAAUGUUUAUGGAAAGUGCGAUUCUUUAAGAGCAGCCACAUACAAAGAAAGCCUUGUUUCACUUCAUAGAGGAAAUGAGUUUAGUAGCUAA